GUUGUUGUCAUCAUUGAAUUUGACAGCAUGUCAUCAAGGGUGAAAAUGAAAGAUGAGAAGCAGAGGAGGACCCCUGGAGCUUUUCCUGAAUUUGGCGCAAUCUUCAUGUCAAACAGUGCAACCAAAAGAGAGUGUUUUAAAAGAAAGCUUUUUGGCCUUCCAUCUUCAUAUGCCCACUUUGUAAAUCAUGUUAAGGCUGGAAUGAUACUAUUCCUGUUUGAAUUUGAGAGGAGGGAACUUCAUGGUGUAUUUGAGGCAUCCUGUGAUGGUGAGAUGAAUAUUGUGCCAAAUGCAUUCAAUUCAUUAGGGAAGCAAUUCCCUGCACAGGUUAAGUUCACCCAUUUGUGGUCCUGUACUCCACUUUCUGAAGAAGAAUUCCGAGAUGCUAUCAGAGAAAAUUAUUUCUCGGCAAAAAAGUUUAGCUUCGGACUGUCUGAAGAUCAGGUUCUUAGGCUUCUUUCAUUGUUCAGUUUGAGAAAGAUAAAAGAGCAGGCACCUGAAAGACAUCUGACUAGCAGUGGACUUGCUGGACCAAGUGAUUCCUCUACAAGUAAAGUUAAAAGAGUGGUUCAUAGUAAUAGGGUAAUGAGCAAUAAGGUAACAAGUGAACAAAAAGCAGAUGGCAAGCUUAAAUUUUUUCCGUCAACAGUGCAUCCUGGGGAUCCUUUUUGCAAUGAUGGAAGAGAAAUUAAUGAUGAAAGAUUUCAAAUACCUCAGAACAUAGGAGGUGAGAAUAAAAUGGAUGGUGAAAUGGCUCCAGGAAUUUCAGUUGAGUAUUUUGGCGAUUCUUUUACUAAAAUAAGAGGAGACAUAAAUGGGAACAGGCUUGCAAAAAGUGAUAGGGCAAGAAAUGAAAAGAAUGUGAAUGUUGGAUAUUCUAUAGGAGAUUAUGGAAGCUUCUCUGAUGUCAGGUUUACAAGGGGCAGUGGUUAUGAAAAUGAGCCAGUUGUGUCAAUGGGGUAUUCUUUGGGUAAUUCCAGAGAAGCUUCUGAUGGUGUCAGAUUUACCAGGAGUGGCAGAUUUAAAAAUGAGAAUUUUGGGAAUAAUGUUUUUGUACCAGCCACCUCAAUGGAAUGUCCUAGUUUUUUUCCCACUAACCAUAAUGCAUAUAGCUAUUCUAGCAAUCAUGUUUCAAAUGCAGAUACUUGUGUUCAAGAUCCAACGAGGCCCAAUUCAACAUCCAUUUGCACAAUGGAGCCGAAAAGGUCCAACAUUUCUUACCCUACAACUUAUGGAGAUGCAAUCAUCACGAGAACUCAUCCACAUGUUCCCAGUAUUAAUUGUAGAUGCUGCUCAUCCACUUUGGGGAUGGGUCAGGAUUCUAGUUCAUUGCAUUCAUUGCAAUCUGCUCCUGACAAUACUAUUGCUGGUAAUAUCCUCCCCUCUAGAAAUCAGCCACUGUCCUCCUAUCUAAAGUCUGGAAGUACAAGCAUGUGCCCUGAUGUUGAUUCACAUUCUAGGAACCACAUUUUAUUGGCCCAUCUAAAUCAAUAUGAGCACUACAGUAAGGCAAGCUUGUCACAUCCUCCCAGUGGUGAAAACCUGACAGUUAAAUCCUCUGAAAAUGAAGGUGAUGAUGGCAUUUCUUUUCUUAUGCAUUCUCAAAGUGGAAAUAAUGGAAGGAUAAGUGAGCCCCUCUCAUCUUCCUCUUUUGGCUUGAGCUAUCAAUACCAUCCCAUAUCAUCAGAAGUCAAAGCCGGUAAUAAAGUGCCAGAGUUUGAAAAUGCCAUAGAAUUUGCUACUGAUGUUCUGGCUUUUGAUGAGCAUCAGUUUCUUCUGGGAGGCCAAUGUCCUGCUCAACCUAAAAGCACAUAUCACCAUCAAAAGACUUCAUUGAAUCCUCCUGUCUAUCAAAGUUCUGAAAGCAUGGAUGUAGAUUGCCAGAAGAAAAGGGGUAGUGUGUUUUCCCGGUUAGCUUUGGCUCCAAAAGCAUGUAGACGAGAAAAUAAUCUCUCUUCUGGAAAUAAUGUCCAUGGUAUUGAUGGUUCAGUGGAUGAAGUCAUGUCAACAUUGUACCAUUGUCAUUACCCAUGGUCAAAGGUAAGCCGUGGGUUGUUAAUCAAGCAUGAUUAUGGUGCAAAUAUUGGGAAUAAGAAGCAGGUGGAAAUGAACUCCAAGUCAUUGAAGGAUCCGUCAGCUAUUCCAAAGGAGAUGAGCAUUAGAAGUAUCCCUCCUGUCGAGGAGAUGAGCAUUAAAAGUAUCGCUCCUGUUGAGGAGAAUGACAGCCAACAAGCUGGAGGGACACCUUUUGUGGACUUCAAACGCCGUAGUGUACUGAGGAAACCACACCCUGAUAGUAGGACUGAAAACUGUAGUGGAAGUGCAGAAAAGGACACAUCAACUGGACAGCGUAAAAGGAGAAAGCUGAUUAGGCCAGACUUUGGCAAGAAUCACCCAUCUGAGGAGAAGGCUAGGGAUGCUGAUGUCCCUGAAAAUUUACAAAGGCCUUCACUGGAAUCAUCUGCUGGUCCUGAAAAGGUUUCUGUCAGCCAUAUUAACAAAAAUACAAUUCCUGAAUAUGUUAAGUUGCUUCUUGGGAUUUCUCAGGCUGAUCAUGAAGGCAAACACACGGUCAACAUAGGGAGAAAUUCAUCACAUGAGGACAUUAAUGUGGAAGGUGAGGCUCCUGCAAGUCUACAAAGACCUUCUCUAGAAUCCUCAGUUGGUACUGAAAAGGUUUCUGUUAGCCAUGUUAAUGAAAGUAAAAUUUAUGAAUAUGUUAAGUUGCUGCGUGGGAUGUCUCAGACUCAUCAUGAAGGCAAACAUACUGUUGACAUUGGGAGCUCUUCAUCUGAGAACAUUAGUGUGAAUGGUGAUGCUCCUGAAAUACUACAAAGAUGUUCACCACAAUCAUCCAUUGAUAAAAGACAUACCAAUUUUAAUGCAUCUGUUAGCCAUGUAAGCAAGAUACGACAAAGUGAUGAAUUGCUGGAUUUGUUGCAUCAGACCAGUCAUGAAGGCAAAAGUAUCAGCAUGGGAAGGCGCUCAAACAUGGAAGAAUUUAAGAUCAAAAGCUCUGGAAGGAAUGCUGAUGAACAUAGCAAAAAACUAUUUGAAAAAGAUCAUAGCCAGGAUGUUUCCUGCUGGAAGUUGUAUACUAAAGCUGAUGAAAGUUUUAGUGCCAAAGAUCCAAGGCAGGAUGAGUCAUGUCAAGGUGGUGAUAGUGCUAGCCCCAUUGUUGUGCGGGAUUAAUCUCCAAAAGUUAUUGAAGAAAUUGUUUGAAGUGAAACUGUUCAAUUGAAGCGAACCAGAUCAGAAUGGAUUAAGAAGGUGGCUUGAACAUAUCUUGUAGAAAUAGAAGCCGCUGCAAGUGAAUUCAAGCAGCAGACAUCUUUUGGAGGUGGUAGAAGUUUGCUUUUGGUGCAUCUCAUAUUUUUGAAUCUGUUGGCUGCUACAGUAAGCUAGAAGUAAUUUUGAAGAAAUGUGCUAGAUAAAAGUUGUACUCCAACUGGGUAUCUGCUGCAGCCGGCGCAAAAUGGAAAUAGUGGUAUACAAAUUUUUUUUGCUGUCAUUCCAAAUUGCAGUUCAUGAAAAUUCUUUGUGCCUCAAUGAACUCGGAGAACCUUUUUUGGUUUUGUAGUUUGGACGGUAAGCACAUUGUCCCUCGUGUGUUAAAUUCUCGCAUUUUAUUUUUUAGAACGUAAUGGUAAUAUGCUGCAUUGCUGCACCAUCAAAUCAAAAUGCAUCUAUAUA